AUGGGAGAGGGCCGCGGAGACACUUUCGCGGGGGUUAGCACAGACCGCCUGAAGCUAGAGCUGCUGGAGGAGAUCCACAUGAAGGAUGUCGUGCAGCUCUCGAUGCUUGAAAUACGACAUAAGAUAGCAGAGCUGGAGACCAGCCUCAGUGUUGACCAUGCAGGCAGUGAGUGGAAAUCCCGAUAUGAGACCCAGCUGGAGCUGAAUGACCAACUGGAAAAGCAGAUCGUGUCUCUGAAAGAGAAAAUGGAAAAGGUCCGUGGAAACCCUUCAGAUAGACUAGCUUCCAUCCGUGCCUAUGAAAAAAUGCCGGUGGAAUCUUUAAACACAUUACUCAAACAACUCGAAAAAGAAAAGAGGAGUCUCGAAAGUCAAGUGAAAGACUACGCACUUAAACUUGAGCAGGAAUCCAAGGCGUACCACAGGACCAACAACGAGCGCCGUACGUACAUCACAGAAAUGUCUCAGGUUUCUGGCUUAAAUCAAGUUUCUAAAAGACAACAGAUGGAUCCGCUGCCUAGAAUGAAAGACAGUCUGGUGAAAACUGGAAGAUACAAUCCCGUUAACCAGAAGAUAACGAAUGCCAAGAAAGGACCAGUAAAAAAGAUUUCAAGAUCAAACCAUCUUCCAAAACUCAACCCGUGA